UUCGGCAACAUGUGAACAAAUCAUGGCCAGACAGAUUUAGUGACCGCUUACAGUUGCUUGUUUAUGAGGAAAAGCGCGGCUUGCGGGUUUGUUUGGACUCGGUCAGCAGUUAAACGUUAGCUAACAAGCUAGCUUUUGGUAUUUUGCUCCCGGCUUUUAGCCAGCUAGCAACAUGGAUACCGGGGAGGAGAAUUCCGUGGAGCUUCACGGAGACGAGGAAAUAAUUGAAGUGAUCGACCUCGGCGACGGAGAGCCCGGGCCAGAUGAUUUGGCCGACGACCUGGGAGGCGUUGACUUUGAGGACCCCGGGCAGCCGGAGGAUGACGACGAAGGCUGGGAGACGGAGGACGAGAUGGAAGCCGAGGCAGAGCAGGACGACAGCGAGCUCACCUUCUCCAGGCACACAGGCUCGGUGUUCUGCGUGAGCUUGGAUCCGGCCACGAACAGCCUGGCGGUGACGGGCGGAGAGGACGACAAGGCCUACGUCUGGAGGGUGAGCGAUGGAGAGGUGCUGCUGGAGUGCACAGGCCACAAAGACUCGGUGACGUGUGCCACCUUCAGCCAUGACUCGUCUCUGGUGGCUUCGGGGGACAUGAGCGGUCUGAUCAAAGUCUGGAAGGUGGAAACGAGGGAGGAGAUCUGGUCGUUCGAAGUGGGAGAUCUGGAGUGGUUGGAGUGGCAUCCCUGCGCACCGGUGCUGCUGGCGGGGACCAAUGACGGGAACGUGUGGAUGUGGAAGGUUCCUGGGGGAGACUGCAAAACCUUCGAGAGUCCUGCGUGUCAGGCCACCUGUGGCAAGGUCCUCCCUGAUGGUAAGCGAGCCGCCGUGGGCUAUGAGGACGGAACCGUGAGAGUGUGGGACCUCAAGCAGGGACACGCCAUUCACGUCAUUAAAGGCCAAGAUGGACACCAGGGGGCGCUGACCUGCCUCUCGUGCAACAAGGACGGCUCUCUGAUGCUGACAGGUUCGGUGGACGGCCGUGCCAAGCUCAUCAACACCAACACAGGCAAGGUGGUGGGAGUGUUUUCCGCAGAGGGAGGUAAGGCCAAAGGAUCCAAAGACCCGGAAGAAUCCAACUCUGUUGAGUCUGUGGGAUUCUGCAACAUCCUACCUCUCAUAGCUGUGGCUUACCUGGAUGGGACUCUGGCCAUAUACGAGCUUUCUACCCAGGCGCUGAGACACAGAUGCCAGCAUGAAGCCGGGAUCGUUCACCUGCAGUGGGAGGAGUCUUCUUCUGUGGUGUCCACCUGCAGCCUGGACGGAGCGCUGCGCCUGUGGGACGCCCGUUCUGGCAACCUGUUGUCCGAGUACCGCGGCCACGCCGCAGAGAUCCUCGACUUCGCCGUCAACCGGGAAGCGUCUGUCGCUGUGACCGCCUCGGGGGACAACCGGGCCAAAGUCUUCUGUCUCCAGAGACCCGACCGAUAAAACAGCGGCCGGAGAAAAGAGGAAACGAGUCGCAGCGAACGGACGAUUUACCCAUCCAGAGGACAGAUUUUCUCCUCCCCCUGGGAUUUUAAACAAAUGUUCCCCCCUCUUAUUUUUUUUUUUUUUUUCAGUCUGAGUACGUCCCCGAAAGACUAAACAGAUUGAAACUCAGAGUGAUUCAUUUCUGUGUCCACUUGUGUUUAAUGGAUUUUAGAAGGUUUUCCUGUAAUUAUCCUGCAUCGUUUCCCAAACGUAAAGACGUGGCCUUCCGACUCUCAGACACCAACUUCUUCAUGUAAAUACAGAUGAAAUAAAGCAAUACGCUCUCCUCUGGGCAACUCUAGACAUCCA